GUGUGUGUGUGUGUAAUGAAGUUACUUGAUCAGGGGAGUGACAAAGUCAGAACAAUACUUUUUUUUUUUUUUAAUUAAAGCUUUUUAUUUUCAAAACAUGCAUGGAGGGGUAGCUAGGUGGUACAGUGGAUAGAGCAUCAGUCCUGAAGUCAGGAGGACCUGAGUUCAAAUCUAGUUUCAGACACUUGACAAUUCCUAGCUGUGUGACCUUGGGCAAGUCACUUAAUUCCAAGUGCCUCAGCAAAACAACAACAACAACAACAACAAAAAACAUGCAUCGAUAAUUUUUCAAUAUUAACCCUUGCAAAAUCUUGUGUUCCAAUCCCCCUCUCCCCUCUACUCCUUCUCUUAGAUGGCAAGUAAUCCAAUAUAUGUUAAAUAUGGUAAAAAUAUAUGUUAAAUCCAAUAUAUGCAUAGAUAUUUAUAUAAUUCUCUUACUGCACAAGAUAUUUAUACAAUUCUCUUCUGCUUAUUUCAUUCAGCAUCAGUUCAUGUAAGUUUCUCCAGGCCUCUCUGAAAUCAUCCUGCUGGUCAUUUCUUAUAGAAAAAUAAUAUUCCAUAACAUUCAUAUAAUAAAACUUAUUCAGUCAUUCUCCAAGUGGGCAUCCAUUCAGUUUCCAGUUUCUUGCCACUACAAAAAGGGCUGCCACAAACAUUUUUGCACAUGUGGGUCCUUUCCCUCCUUUAAGAUCUUUUUGGGAUACAAGCUAUGGUAUAUGAUUGUUCUACAGGAAAUGAUCAGCAAGAUGAUUUCAGAGAGGCCUGGAGAAACCUACAUGAACUGAUGCUAAUUGAAAUGACCAAAACUGGGAGAUCAUUGUACAUGGCAACAACAAGAUUAUACGAUGAUCAGUUCUGAUGGAUGUGGCUCUUUUCAACAACGAGAUGAUUGAAGCCAGUUCCAAUGAUCUUGUGGGAACUUGUAAUGUUCUGGUUAGCUUUCUGGAAGUCUCGGGACCAGCCUUUGUUUCAGCUGAGUAACCACCACGAGAAUAGCCAGGUGAUAAAGUCCAAAAGUCUUUAUAUUUUCCUUCACAGCCUGUCUCCUUUCCUAGGGCCUGGGCCAGCUUUCUGGAGGCCCUUCAAACAGGCCUUGGUCUCAGUGGGGAAAGCAGGAGGACAGGCCAGCCACCACAAGGCUGAUGAAGAUGGAAUGUCUCUCUGAGUCCAAGUACUUGAGUCCUAGCCUCUAGUCCUCUUUCUUCUCUGAGUCUUGUCUUCAAGUCUGUCUCUAAGUCUGACUCUGACCUCUUAAAUACUCUAUAUUACAAUUAAAUCCAUUUAUCAUUCUGAGUAUAAAGCCAAUUAUUAUAUCAUUGGGGAACCAUUAUUUGUUAUAAGAUUAAUUCAAUCAUGCUGAACUAGAGAACUAUUAAGCACCAUGCUAAACUAGCUAACAUUGUCUUAUCAAUUCCACUGACUUAACACCUUGUAAGAAUCUUUGUUUCAACUAGAGAGUUCUGGCCCAUUACAUACAAGCCCAAUAGAAACACUGCUGGAUCAAAGGGUAUGCACAAUUUGAUGACUUUUUGAGCAUAGUUUCAAAUUGCUCUAGAGAAUGGUUGGAUUCAUUCACAACUCCACCAACAAUGUAUCAGUGUCCCAGUUACCCCACAUCCCCUUCAACAUUCAUUAUCUUUCCCUGUAAUCUUAGCCAGCCUGAGAGGUGUGUUAGUGCAGACCAAUACUUUAGAAAUAUCAGUUUGUAGUGGUAUCAAGGAUGGAUUGCAAAAGAAACUGGAGUCAAGACCAACUAGAGGUUACUUCAAUAACUCAGGUAAAAUGUGAUAUAGGUGGUAGUCCUUUAAGUGAAGAGAUGCAUAUAUGUAUAAGAGAUACUAUCAUAGUAUAAUUAACAAGACUUGUAAGAAAGGAGGAAGAGUUGACCAUGAUUCUGAGGGUAUCAAUUUAGAUUAUUGGAAGGAUGUGGAGUCCUCAAUAGAAAGAGAUGUUAGGAAAAUAAGAACAUUUUCAGGGGAAAGAGAAUGAGUUCAGCUUUGAAUAUGUUGAAUUUAUUUAUCAAAUAUCUAGUUGGAGACACCAUAAAAGCAAGAGUAUAGUUUCUAGAACCCUAGAUUUGGAGCCAGGAAGACUUUGGUUUUGAAUCUUACCUCAGACACUCAACUAUGUGCCUCUGGCAAAGUCAACUAAUUUCUUUGGAUUUUGGUUUCUUUAUUUGUAUAAUAGGUUGGAUUCAAUGACUUUCCAAUGAUAAAUCAGUGAAGUUUUGUCCAAUAAGCAACUGGAGAUGUGAAGCUAGAAUUAAGGAGAAAAAAUAAAACUGCAUACAUAGAUCUAGAAUUCAUAUGUUUAGAGAUCAAUAACUGAACAAGAUUAGAAAGCACAGAGGUAAAGGAAAGGGCCAGGACAAAGCCCUAGAGCCUCAAUCCUCUAAAAGGAAAGGAAUAAGGAUGAUGAUCUUUUAAAGGCCACUGAAACCCCCCAAAAAUAAUGAUAUGAAAGGAGAAGAUGUUAUAUAGGAAAAGGAAUUGAUCAACAAUAUCAAAUGUUACAGAUAUCAAAAGGUUAAAAAAAUUUUUAAGACUAAGAAAAGGCCAUGAAUUUAGCAAUUAAUAGAACAUUGACAAUCUUGAAGAAAGCAGUUUCAGUUGAACAAGACUAGAUACUAGAUUGCAAAGGAAUGAAAAGUUAAUGUGAAUUGAUAAAAUGGUGAUGCCAAUUCUAGGAAUUUGUCCAUAGAAAAGAAAUACAGGGGGCAGCUAGUUGGUGCAAUGGAUAGAGCACCAGCCCUGAGGUCAGGAGGACCUGAGUUCAAAUUUGACCUCAGACACUUAAUACUUCCUACCUGUGUGACUCUGAGCAAGUCACUUAACCCCAAUUGUUUCAGGGGGAAAAAAAAGAGACAGAAAGAGAGAUACAGAAUAGUAGCUUAAGGGGAAUGGCAGGAUCAAAUUAAGGUGUUGGUGAGUUUUUUCCUCCUAAGGAUGGGAGAGAACUGGGCAUAUUUGUAAGCAUAUGAAAAUUUCCAAUAAUGAUCUAUGAUUAAUUUACAGUUACUUCAAUUUUUUAAGUUGCUAUUUGGGAGAAACUAUUUAGAAAAAUGUCAAGAAUUAUAAGAUACUAUGGUCCUUUAAAUUCCAUGAAGAUUAUUUAGCUUUCAAUUCAUACAUUUCAAAUUCAAAUGCCAUAAGCAGUGUUUACUCAAUUUAAACUACUUUAGGCAUUUAGGCUGAUUGAAUGAUAGUGGAGGUGGCAGAAGAAACCUGUUGAGAUUACACAUGGACUGACCUUUUUAAAGUCUAUUAGCUAAUAACGUUAAUUUUAAUUUUCAUUAGAGUGAGGUUGUUGUAUGUGUUAGUCUUGAUUUUGGUGACUGAUUUGAAAUUCAUUUUCAGUGGAAAAAAGUUUUAUUUUUGUGAGCAUUGUAUUAAAAAAAAUAUCCAAUAAUCUGGGUCACUGCUUGUUUCUCCUAUCCCUGGGAGAGAGAAUGGGGCACUGCCCAUCAUAAUUGGGAAAAACUGCCUUAAGGAGACUUUUCUUCUUCUUUUUACUAGAUGUGCUUCAAAGACAUUAAAAGAAAGGCCAAAUACAGGUGUGCUUAUUCUAUGGAAUAAUGUUUUGUUACUCACAAACAUACAGCACAAUUAAAAAUCUUACAAAUCCUUUACCUUAAACAUAUGAUGGGUCAAGUAAGGGGCAUAGAGAUGUUUAUCUAUAUUUGUCAUUUCUGUGGGACAAAGAUGGAAAAAGAAAAUUCAAUUUUCAUGGAAGAAUGGUUAUAGAAGCCUUUACUUUUAGAGACAGUAAAAAAAAAUCUAUAUAUUUUAAAGUGAAUUUUAGACUAGUAGAACAAGAAAUCCUGGAAUAACAUUCCUAAGUUAUCUUACAUCUCUGGAUCUUAGUUUUCUCUUCUGUAAAGAAGGCUUUGGGCUAGAUAGACUAUAAAACUGCAGGACAUAGAACAUUCAGAAACUUUUUAUUGUUGCCAAAUUUUUUACCCCAGCAGCCCCUAUAUUCAGUUAAGAAGCUUUGGCGCAUGCUACCACUGCUGCUUUACAUCUAAAUGCAAAAGAUUGAGUUAUUUGUUUUCUGUCUCUUAAUGAUCCCAUGUGCACACAUAUAUUGUAUCUAGGAUAUACUGUAACCUAUUUAACAUGUAAAGGACUACUUGCCAUCUGGGGGAGGGGGUAGAGGGAGGGAGGGGAAAAAUCGGAACAAAAGUGAGUGCAAGGGAUAAUGUAAAAAAUUACCCUGGCAUGGGUUCUGUCAAUAAAAAACUAUUAAAAAAAAAAAAAAAGAUCCCAUGGACCAUGGGGCAGGUCAAGUCCUUCCAUCCUUUACUAUCUCCCAGUCUAAGCUCAGGUUUGCUGUUUUUCAUGCAAAUAUCUAAACAUCUCAUCCCCUUUUCCUUUUGCCUUCAAUCUUUCCCAACAUAGAGUCCUUUCCAAUAAAUCUUUUCUCUUAUGAAGCCCAAGUAUUUAAAAGCAUUAUAAAAAUAUUGAAUACUACUAAGUUUAAAUCAAUUCAACUUAAUUCUCCUAACCUUGAGUCUUACGUCUAUCAAUGUGCAUUCCUCAUGCCCAAAACAAUGGGGUCAAACUCCAAAAGUAACAGCAGCCAAUAAACUGCCUUUAAUAUUCUCUGUAGGUCAUAUAUUAUCUUAGAAAACCACAAGUUUAUAUAUUUUUUUCAUUAAUAACACAUCAACACAUUAAAAUUAAAUAGGAAUCACAUUUUAAAGUGGUUCCAGUUGCAUUUGGGAAGUGUUAUGGGCCCCAAAGAAAAUGAUAUAGGGUAGUAUGAGUUGCUCCUUCUUUCCAGAUCAGCCAUAUGUAUGAGAUUAAAAAUCCACACUACAAAGUAGUCUGGAAGCACACUGAGAAAGUAGAUGACCUUGAUCCAGAGACCUAUUUUAUUUUUUUCAAAUGAUGAUCCACUUUCCCAUUUGCCCUUGCUGUGCCCUUUAUUGACAAUGCAAAAAAGCAAAAACAAAUUCUCAUGUUCGACAUGUCCAAAGAAAUUGUCUCUUUCAGUCCUAGGAGUCUAUGAUCUUUCUGGAAGUAAUUGGUUUCAUCAUGUAUUCCUAGGAACCUGCCAUAGCUUUCCAGGAUGUGCAUUUAUUUUAUUCCUUUAGGAAAGGGUACAAAUCACUAUUUACUUUACAAAACCACAAAUGCAGUGGAGUAUUUAUUCAGUUCUGAAACUUUACAAAGACAUUUAAAUUUAGACCUGACCUGGAAAUCCUCAUCAGUUCAACCUAAUUCGAAUUUAUUAUGCCCCUACUGUGUGCCAGGCACUAAUACAAAAAAGAUACUUUUUCUUUUAAACUUAAGUCUUUGUCUGAAUAGCAAAGUAGUGCCUCAAAUCAUCUCAAAUCAUAACUUUAUCACCAUAACUAGAUGCUGUAUUUUCCUAUUAGUAAAAAAAAGUUUUUAGAAAACACUUAGAGCAGUUCUAUCAUAUGGACAUGCUUCAAAGGUGUUAAGAUUUCAUUCUCAAGGUUCCAGUUGGGCGAUGGGGGGAGGUGGUGAGCUUUUUGUGACAACAUCGAUGGCUGCACGGGAACGGACUGGCCCCGGUGGCCUCGGCUAGGAGGUAGAGGAGGGAGUCGGAGCCGCCCUGCUUCCCAGUACUACCUGGGCCAGUGUUUACAGGAAGCAGCCUCAGGCGCAGGUGGUGAGUCAGUACAGAGCCGGGUCGGUUUACUCAAGACUUCUUGCAUGACGCCUCCUCGCUUACAGUAUUUUCAUUUCUGCAUCUGAGGGAAACAUUCCUUUCGGAACACCUUCCCUUCAGGACACCGAGGGCCCCGAGGGCUGCCCUUGACACACAUCGUGACCUUGGGCGAAGCCUUGAAAAAUGUCUCUAGGUUCCCGAAAGGGGAAUAGGACUCUUCUACAUCCACGCACGCCCUCCAGGGCUGAGAGACUGUAAAAGCGCUAAAAUCAGACGGGAACCAACUAGGCAGUCCCGGGCAUAAGGGGAAUCGCGCACAUUCGUCAUUCGCAGCUCCCUUUACUAAUCCCAUACCGGAUAGAACAGGUAGCAGUGGGGGUGCGAGCGCUAGGGGGAGCGUCGAGAAGAGGGGAGAACGUCGGGAAGAGAGUGUGGGGGGAGGAGCGUGCGGGGCAGCGUCGAGAGGGAGGGAGAGGAGCGCGCAGAGCAGCGUCGAGAGGGAGAAGAACGUAUAGGGCAGUUUUGGGGGGAGUGGUGGCGGAGGACGCACUGGUAGGGGGAAAGAGUGUUUGGAAAGUGUCCGGACCGUGUGAGAGAGAGACGAAAGGGAGAAACAAAGAGAAGGAGAAGGCUAGUGGGGAUAGUUCUAGGGAGGAGAACGUAUAAGGAACGACCCGCGCGCCCCACAUCGGCCCCCUAUGCUUUUCCCUGGCUCAGGUAGAAGGGAAACGCGAGGAAGGUGGGGCGAAGGAGGAGCUCUGUGCAGCCACGCGGCCGCCUAGGGGGCGUGGCUACAGUCCUUUCCUUUCUCUUGCUUUUUCCCUCCUUUCCCCGCCCCCUUUCUUUUCCGCCCCCGCAGUAGGAAAAGUGGGAGGCAGGGAGAAAAAGAAGGGGAAAAAAGGGAAAUAAAGAAAUCGAACUGUUUCCCAUCGCGUGACUGGCGGUUGCGAAUGAAACGGCUCUCCAGCGUAGUCCCAGGCUUUCUGACUCUCAGCAGUGCGCCUCACUACCAGCUGGAACCUUCAGGUCCCUGGGGCUGCGCCCCGCGAGUCGAAGACCUUGCAGCGCAGGCGCAGUAAUCACGGUGGCGGCAGCGGCGGCGACGGCGGCUGCCAGUCCCGGGCCCAGCAGACGGUGCUCAGGCCGCAAAGUUUUUAUGUCUCCGACGGGGGCCGACUCAGUGCAACGCUGAAACCCUCCGGAGGCGGAGGACUAUAGGAUAGCAGUCAUGCUAGAAGACAAAGGUCCAAGAGUGAUUGACUACUUUGUAGUCGCAGGCCUCACUGAUACAUCUACCCUAUUGGAUCAAGAAAUAAAUCGUUUAGACACAAAAUCAACUGGACCGAAAGCUCCAAUUACUGAUAUUGCUGUUAUUAUCAAAUCAGCAGGGGAAACAGUCCCUGAAGGUUUUACGUGUGUUGAAGCUACUCCAUCUGCUCUCCAAGCAAAUUUGAACUAUGGAAGCUUGAAAAGUCCAGAGCUUUUCCUGUGUUACAAGAGGGGAAGAGACAAACCACCUCUCACAGAUAUUGGAGUAUUAUAUGAAGGGAAAGAACGACUUAUUUCAGGUUGUGAAGUGAUACAAGCCACACCCUAUGGUCGCUGUGCCAAUGUCAACAAUAGUUCAACAAAUUCACAAAGAAUCUUCAUCACUUAUCGAAGGGCUCCUCCAGUACGACCUCAGAAUUCCUUGGCUGUAACAGAUAUCUGUGUUAUUGUAACUAGUAAAGGAGAAACUCCUCCUCAUACAUUUUGCAAAGUUGACAAGAAUUUAAACUGUGGAAUGUGGGGUUCCAAUGUGUAUCUGUGUUACAAGAAGUCUGUACCUGCUUCUAAUUCAAUAGCAUAUAAAGCUGGGUUAAUUUUUAGAUAUCCUGAAGAAGACUAUGAAUCUUUUCCACUCUCAGAAUCUGUGCCUCUUUUCUGCCUUCCUAUGGGAGCUACUAUUGAAUGCUGGGAUCCCCAAACCAAAUACCCACUUCCAAUUUUUUCAACUUUUGUUCUAACAGCUUCUUCAGCAGAAAAGGUCUAUGGUGCUGCUAUUCAGUUCUAUGAGCCAUAUUCUCGGGAGCUGCUAACAGAAAAGCAACUUAUGCAACUGGGCCUUUUGACACCUGUGGAAAGAAGAGUGGUUCCUAAAUCUAUCAAUUCAAACAAAUGCAUUUGUCUACUCUCACGCUGGCCUUUCUUUGAAGCAUUUAGAAAAUUUCUCAUGUUUAUUUACAAACUUUCAGUUUCUGGACCUCAUCCUCUUCCCAUUGAAAAGCACAUCUCACAUUUCAUGCAAAAUAUCCCCUUCCCAUCACCACAAAGACCAAGAAUUCUUGUUCAGCUAUCAGUCCAUGAUGCAUUAAUAUUGUCCCAGCCGGUUUUUACACCUUUACCACUAAGUGGAGCCGACUUCAGCACAUUGUUGAUGAAUUUGGGUCCUGAAAAUUGUGCAACAUUGCUUCUUUUUGUUUUGCUUGAAAGUAAGAUCCUGCUUCAUUCUCUUAGACCAGCUGUGUUGACAGGUGUGGCAGAAGCUGUUGUUGCUAUGAUCUUUCCAUUUCAGUGGCAGUGCCCGUAUAUUCCCCUUUGUCCUCUCUCUUUGGCAGCAGUACUCAGUGCUCCCUUACCUUUCAUAGUUGGAGUUGACUCAAGAUACUUUGAUCUCUAUGAUCCACCGCAGGAUGUUGUUUGCAUUGACUUGGAUACAAAUAUGGUUUAUAUAUCUGAUGAAAAGAAGAACAUGAAUUGGAAACAGCUUCCCAAAAAGCCCUGUAAAAAUUUACUUAGUACUUUAAAGAAAUUGUAUCCUCAAUUGUCUUCAGUUCACAGAAAAACACAAGAAGGCUCAGCAGUAGAAAUGACUCCAAUAGAAGCAGAUUUUUCUUGGCAGAAAAAAAUGACUGAACUUGAGAUGGAAAUUCAGGAGGCAUUUUUACGCUUUAUGGCUUCUGUUUUAAAGGGAUAUCGGACAUAUCUCAAACCAAUCACAGAAGCUCCUUCAAAUAAAGCUACAGCUGUAGAUUCAUUGUUUGACCGGCAAGGAUUUUUAAAAAGUCGAGAUCGUGCAUAUACAAAAUUCUACACUCUUUUAACUAAAACCCAGAUUUUUAUUCGUUUCAUUGAGGAAUGCAGCUUUGUAAGUGAUAAAGAUACUGGACUCGCAUUUUUUGAUGACUGCAUAGAAAAGCUGUUUCCUGAUAAGGGCACUGAAAAAACAGACAAGGUUGAUUUAGACUCAGCAGAAGAUACCAGAUUGAUAGAGCUAGAUGAUUCCCAAAAGAGUGAACAUACAGUAUUAAUAAUGCCACCAGAGCCACCUGCUAGUGAUGGACAAGACCUGUCACCAAAAUAUAGUUACAAAAACUUUCCAAGACUGGAUCUUAAGCUUUUUGAUAGACCACAGGCAUUAAAAAUACCUUUCAACAGACAUCCUGCAGGAAAUAACAUUUCAAGCAGUCCAGCUCUCAUGGCAAAAAGGACUAAACAGGAGAUAAAAACAGCUCAUAAGUUGGCCAAGAAAUAUUAUGCAAACCCACCACAAUGGGCUAAGUGUCUGUUCAGUCAUUGUUAUAGCUUAUGGUUCAUUUGUUUGCCAGCUUAUGUUAAAGUUUCUCAUCUUAAAGUGAGAGCACUACAGCAAGCAUAUGAUGUACUUAUUAAGAUGAGGAAAUUAGAUGUGGAUCCACUGGAUGAGGUGUGCUAUCGUGUUGUAAUGCAACUUUGUGGACUUUGGGGUCAUCCUGUUCUAGCAGUUCGAGUCUUAUUUGAAAUGAAAAGUGCUAAAAUACAACCAAAUGCUAUUACCUAUGGCUAUUACAAUAAGGUAGUUUUGGAGAGCCCUUGGCCUAGCAGUAAUCGCAGUGGUAUCUUCUUGUGGACGAAGGUACGGAACGUGGUGUGUGGCAUAGCCCAAUUUAGGCAACCACUUAAAAAGGCCACACAAAUAUCAGCUCCUCGGAAUCCCACAGGUGGAAGUGAUGGGGACACGGUGAGCCAUGGUAGCGUGGAUAGUUCUAAUGAUGCUAACAAUGGGGAGCACACACUCUUCGUCAGAGAUUUAAUCAGGCUUGAUUCCAUUGAUAAUCACUCUAGCACAGGUGGUCAGUCUGAUCAAGGGUAUGGGUCAAAGGAUGAACUUAUAAAGGAUGAUGCAGAAAGUCUUCAUGUACCAGAAGCACAUGUUGAGGAAGAAUUGUUAACAAAGACAAAAGUCCAGGAAGACAAAAUUUCUGAUGUUCCUGAUUUUGUGGAAAAGCUACAGCAGCUGAGUCCAGAGCCCUUUAAUUCUGCAGAAGCGCCUAUAUUGGGAAGCAGUAUUGUGAAAGUUCCAUCCGGCAUUUUUGAUAGCAGCAACCGAAAAAGUAGCACUGGUAGUACAUCAAAUAUACUAUUUUCUGCUCAAGAUUCUGUUGAGGAUACAGUGUUCACUGACGUGUCUAAUCUGAAAAUUAGUGACAAAGGAGAGAAAAGACAAAAACAUUUUUCAGAAAGGAGUUGUAGUUUUAGCUCUGAAAGUCGAGCAGGAAUGUUGCUUAAAAAGAGCAGUUUGGACUCAAAUUCUAGUGAAAUGGCAAUAAUGAUGGGAGCAGAUGCCAAGAUCCUUACCGCAGCAUUGUCCUAUAAUAAGAUAUCACCAUUUCAUGUUCAAAGAGAUCCAGACAGUGUGGGCGGCCCACCAGCUGACACAAGGACUCCUGUGUGUGCAGGAGGAUGGGGGCUGGAGCCUAGGUCAGCUCCAGGUCUGGGAAUGCUGGAGGAAGGGCAGGAACAGCCGGACCUUGGUAGUGAUGGUGAUGGUGGUACAGUUGCUGACACUAUGGCAGAGGAUAAACUGACAGAAUCAUGGAAUGAUAAUCAGUCCAAAGAGCUAAAAACAGAACCCAAAUAUAUCGUAAACAAAAGAAAUAGCUCUUAUAGUAGAGCCAAACCAAUUGAAAGGGAGGAUGUUGAAACUGGGCUUGAUCCUCUGUCGCUGUUAGCCACUGAGUGUAUAGAAGGGAAGCCAUCUGAUUCUGAGGAGAAGACACUGUCUCCAGUUGCGGCCCGUAAUCUAGCAGAUGAAAUAGAGAGCUACAUGAACUUGAAAAGUCCGUUGGGGAACAAGUGUUCCAGCAUGGAGUUGCACAAACGAGAUAAUAGAGGGUCAGCAGAAUGUGUUUCUGGUACAUUUACUCCCUCUUUAGAGCGCCGGUCUAGCCUGCCCUUGGAUCACAAUCCACCAGUCCAGGAAAAAACUGAAAACCAAAAGAGCCCUCCUUCUGUAUCCAGAUCAAAAACUUUCACAGGCCACUCCAAACAACAAGCUCCCCCACGAACACAUAAAGAGCGUUCUACAUCUUUGUCAGCACUUGUUCGUUCUUCACAACAUGGAUCCUUGGGCUCUGUAGUCACUUCUUUCUCAGGAAUAAAGCUGGAUAAUAUUUUAUCUGGACCCAAAAUAGAUGUUCUCAAGUCUGGUAUGAAACAAGCAGCUACAGUAGCCAGUAAGAUGUGGGGAGCUGUCGCCUCUGCUUAUAAUUAUUCAGAUGAUGAGGAAGAGCCCAGUAGAGAUUACAGCUUUCCUGCUGGUUUAGAAGACCAUCUUUUGGGAGAUGACUUAACAUCAAAAGUGCGUGUGCCAGGACUAGGCACCAGCGAACUCACUCAGAGCAACACGAGUCUUGGAAGUAGCAGCAGCAGUGGGGAUGUAGGGAAAUUGCACUAUCCAACAGGUGAAAUUCCAUUUGCAAGAGGCGUAAAAAGUCAGGACUUUGAAAAGUCAGAACAUGGAUCUUCUCAAAAUACCAGUAUGUCCAGCAUCUACCAAAACUGUGCAAUGGAGGUCUUAAUGUCAAGUUGUUCUCAAUGUAGAGCUUGUGGUGCUUUGGUUUAUGAUGAAGAAAUUAUGGCUGGAUGGGCUGCAGAUGAUUCAAAUUUGAAUACCACCUGUCCAUUCUGUAAAAGCAACUUCUUACCCCUCCUUAAUGUGGAGUUUAAAGACUUACGAGGUUCUGCAAGCUUUCUUCUAAAGCCAAGUACGUCUGGUGACAGUUUACAAAGUGGAAGCAUUCCCUUAGUGAUGGAUCCUCCAGAAAGCAAACCUGUGCCUAGUACAGCAGAACCUGAUUUGAUAACUUUUAUGGAUUUCCCAAAGGAUAGCCAGAUCACAGCUGAAGGAAUAAUUUCUGCAACUGAACCAAGUGUUGAACUAAAGGAAGAAAAUGGAGACUUCUCAAGUGUAAAACCUGCAUCUUUAGCUAAUAAUUUUUCAAGUCGAGGAGUAUCUUUGACUCGAAGCCACAGUGUUGGAGGCCCUUUACAAAAUAUUGAUUUUUCUCAGCGACCUUUCCAUGGCAUUUCAACAGUUAGUCUGCCAAAUAGUUUACAGGAAGUUGUGGAUCCUUUAAGGAAGAGACCCAACCCCUCCCCUGUUUCCGUGCCUUACUUGAGUCCAUUAGUGCUUCGUAAAGAACUUGAAUCUCUGUUGGAGAAUGAAGGGGAUCAAGUGAUUCAUACAUCUUCAUUCAUCAAUCAACAUCCAAUUAUUUUCUGGAAUCUGGUUUGGUAUUUCAGACGUUUGGACCUUCCUAGCAAUUUGCCAGGACUCAUCCUCACAUCUGAACAUUGUAAUAAAGGCGUACAGCUUCCUCUUUCAUCUCUAUCCCAGGACAGCAAACUAGUAUAUAUUCAGCUAUUAUGGGACAAUAUCAACCUUCAUCAAGAACCUGGCGAGCCCUUGUAUGUUUCUUGGAGGAAUCUUAACUCAGAGAAGAAAUCAUCCUUAGUCUCAGAAGACCAGCAGGCCACAAGCACUUUAGUAGAGAACAUCCGGCAAAGCAUUCAACAUAAUGAUGUUCUAAAACCAAUCAACCUUCUUUUACAAAAAGUGAAACCAGAUGUCAAACGACAAAGGAGUUUAUACAGAGAAAUCCUCUUCUUGUCAUUGGUGUCUCUUGGAAGAGAAAAUAUUGAUAUUGAGGCUUUUGACAGUGAAUACGAACUCGCAUAUAAGAGUCUGUCUUCAGAUAUUCUUGGAAAGAUGCAGAGAAUUGAUGCUCCCCCAAGUCUCAGUGUGGAAUGGUGCAGGAAAUGUUUUGGAGCACCUCUCAUUUAAAUUAGGCAUUACUUUGAAUCUUCACAGCACACAUCAGUCCUGGGAAAUAAGGAGUGCCAAUCUGAAAACAUUCAGGGGUUGAUUUCAGACUCUUGCGAACUGAUGAAAAUGCUGAUAGUGCGUGCUAUGUUCCUGAUGCAUCUGCAGCUCAUGACCUGUUUGUGGCAGUUGAGAGUCUCUUUUUUUAAUUAAUUUUUGUUUCUUUCAACAAAAGUUUUUGGAUUUUUUUCAUUAUCCAUGAUUCUUUUGUUAGAAAGAAAGAAUGAAAAACUAAGCUCACCAUCGGCAUUUUGUUGAUAAGGUGUUUGGGGAACUUUCAGAAUUGAGAAAAGUAACUGUAAAUCUCUCAAGUCCUAAGUGAAGCUAAAUAGCCUAAUUCUAGGAGCAAAACCUAGAGGAAAAUAGAUUUUUUGUGUAAAUAUACCUGUGUGUCUCUGCAGAUGUAUGCAUAUGCAUCCUAUAUAAUAAGUGUAUAUAUUUAUUAAAACUCUUAGAUUGCACAUUGCAAUACAACUUUCUGAAAGGGUCUCAUGACCAGUGAAUUGUUGAUGCUCACAAACUGGGCCUCAUUACUACUAGUCAAAAUUUUCUGAAACUCUUGACAACUACCCUGCCCCGGCUUUAUUUUAAAUUUAAUAUAUGCUGUCACUCUUUGUUUAUAUAUUCUUUUUUUGAUGGAAUGUUAUAGUCCUAAUAUCCAACUCCCUUCUUUUCUUCCUUCAUGGUACCACGAUCACUUAAUCUGAAGGCGAAGUUGUUUUUGCAAGCUAAUUAGGUAGUUGAAAUGAAUUUGAAUCUAGAUUUCCUAGUGAUUUACAAAAUUAAUUGGAGCUUGAUCCUUUUUAAAAAAAAAAGGCAAAAAUUUGCCCUUUGGCCUGAAUUUUUCCCUCAGGCAUGCCUUGGUCACUUUUUUUAAACCUGUGGGAUACCUUGCACUGCAAAUGGAAGUUUAAUAUUUGUAAUGUUUGAAAGUUAGUACUUGUAGAUUUGCACGCACAUGAUCUUUAUUGUGCAUAUGUAUAUUUUUUUAAUAAGCUGAAUGAAUUAAGUCUUAAAAGAUGAAGCUGUUGAGCUUAUUAUAGUUAGAUUUAAGAUGAAUCAUGACCUCACAUGCCUCUCUUAGCAUUUUGUUAUGCCUUAUAUGCCUUCUAAUAAAAACACACUUUAUUGAGUGUGUUCGCCUUAGCUUACUUUAUGGGACUAAUAUGCUUCCUGUUGAUUGAUCUGCUAUUAAAGUCAAUCUGAAUUUCCAGGAACUACUGCAGAUGAAUAAAAUAAAGUAGUUGCUUCAAAAUAGGCACUUCUAAAUGGUAUAACUUAAAAGCACAAACUUGCCUUCCACCCAGUGUGUUUUCUGUUUAAAUGACCCUAUAAUUAUUGUACCAUUCUACAUAUCUGGAUUUAUCAACUUAAUACCAAUGCAGGAGGACUCUAGUUUCAGGUCAUUUUUGAGAGUUAGUGGCAUAAUCUCAUGUCAGAAAUUACAUAUACUAUGGCAACUGAACAGGUGACAUGACUAAAAAGUUUUUAUAACCAUUACUUUAAAAAUACAUAUUUUGCACUAUUUGUGUAGAGGAUAUAUUUUUGCAAUUUAUCCCUGAUUUUUCUCUCAGUUGUUUAAAUUUGUAAUACUUAAAAGUCACUUAUGACAAAAAGUCAUUCAGAAUUAACUUACUAUGAAAUGCUGUUUUAUAUUAUUGAACUUAAAGCCUUUGACACAGUAAAAACAAUAUUAAGAAGAUUAAUAAAAUGGACAAAACAUUCUUAAACCUAUUCAUUGUGUUCUGUGUGCUUCUGAAAUGAGUAGGGUUAAGUUAUUUGUUAUUCUUGGCAAUUCAUGUUUGUUUUUCCAUUCCAUUCCUUAAUUUUAAUGUGAUUUGGGAUUCAUUUUUCUUUGCCCAUACAUGUAAAAGCACUUCUGAUUUGAAAGAAAAAAAAAUUACAAAAAUGGCCUCUUAAAAUGACACUCUUUAAUGCGUGACUGUUAAUCGAAGUUCAUUUUUUUACUAUAUUGAAAAAUGUAAAUACAUGUCCUUUUUUUUAAACCUCAAGUUCAAAUAUUUCUAGGCAAUAGUUCAACUUGUCCUAAUUUUUCAUAACAACUUACUGUAUUUACUUUGAUAUUACAUAUCUUUAAAUGCAAAAGAUAUCAUCUUAACCAAGUAAGCCCUAGUUUUUUUUAUUUGCAUAAUAAACAAAAUCUCCUGCUGCUUUCUCUUUCAAGCCCCUGAUUUUGUUUUCAGAAUUCAUCUGUUUGCUUGACUCUGCUGAUCUGCGUUUUAAAAUUUUUUCUGAGGUUCUGAGAAGAUCCUGUAAUUAUCGUAAAUAAUAUCCUUGACCUCUGAAGACUUUAUGUUGGGAAAAAAUAAAUAAAAGACUUAUUUACCCAUCCUGCAACCUAAAGUUAACCCUGAAUAAUUUUUAGGGUUGUUUUGUUUUGUUUUGUUAUAUUUGUAUUUAAUUGACUGCCAGAGAGAUAAAAACACUGUAUGAAACAAAGUCUUGAAGACUACUGAAAGUAAUUUUUCAAAUUAGUUUCUGGACUGUUGAGCAAUACUACAUUUUUGUUGUUUUUUUGUGUUCUUUUAAAGUAUUGAAAGUAAUCCUGUUAUUGUUAGGAUUGUAGAAUUCUGUUUCUUCAUAUUUACAUCAUUUAAGUUUCAUAACACUGCAGAAAAAGAUGCUUAAGCAGACAAGCUUGGCUUUUUUUAGUAUCGAAAUAAUAAAUCUCAGAAUAACUUAACCUGAACCAUCCAAUAUUCUCUUAUUCUUUUCCCAUGGCUUAUCUUUUAACAUUAAAAUAUUUCAAUGCAGGAUUGAAUUUGGCUCAGAGAUAAUGAAAUAAGCCAUUAGAAGAAACUUUUUUGGGUCACAUUUUCUUCUGAGAAUGAAAGACAUAAUUAAUAUAUGACUUUCAUAUCAGAAGUUUAGAUGUUAGGAUAACUUACAGCAUUUGCAAUUAAAUCAUCUAUAUGUUAUCAUUAAAAUAAUCCAGAUUAUCAAAAGUAAGUCACUAGCUCAGUUCUCCAUUUGAUAGAAUGUUGUUAUCAUCUGAGUUUAGAGGUGAUCAAAAAUCAGAUGGUUUCAUUUUGCUAUGUUUAUUGAAGAUUUCAUUACUUCAGUGGAAAGGUUCUAUAGAGUUAGAGGCAGCCUAGUGUCAUGGGAGUAGACUGAACUUGGAGUAAGAAGAUAUGGACCCAAAACCUCACUCUGAACCCUGAUAGCUGAAUAACAUUCGGCACCCAUUUCCUCAUCUAUAAAAUGAUGCACUUCACAGGAUUGUUAUUAUUGAUUGGCACACCUAAGAGCAAUAUAUUGAAAUCUGAAUAUAGUAGAUAUUAACUAUCAUUUUCUUGGGCACUUUAUGGCUUAUACUUUGACAUUUUCUCUAUAACAACCUAUUCAGGCACAUUUAAGAAUCAUGCUCAUUUUACAGAUGGAAAAAAACUGUGUCUGAGGGAUUCAAAUCACUUGCUGAUGGUUAUGAGUCUUUUAAGUGUUGGAGUUAAAGAUUUGAAUCUGGUUGUUUUGAGCAAUUCCUACUACUAUGCACUGCCUCAUAAAGCUGAAAGAAUGAAAACUCACAGCCACUACUCAAAUAGAGAAGGAUUUAGUUUUUAUAAUUAGUGAGUUCACAUCUUAGUGAACUUUUCCAUUUAACUUUAAAGCCUAGUAGGUUUUGCUUAUUUUUAAGUCUCUUUCUAGUUCCUUGUAUCAGUGAACUUCAUGAUAUAUUCCUGAUAAGAAAAAACAGUGCUAUUCAGCAGUUCUGAUGAGAACCUAGUCAGUUAAGUCAUAAAACUUGUCUUUUGUUUCCUCUAAUUUUAUUAAUGACUUUUGGUCCAGGUUACAAAUCUUAAUAGAAAAUUAAAUUUCUAAUUUCUAAUAGAAAAUAGAAAUUUCAAGUAACUUGAAAGCAUUACAAUUUCACAUAGUGUUCAAGCCAAAGAACUGGUGUAGUAUUUGUAAUUUUUUUUCCUUAAGUGUCCAAUAUAGUUUGUCACACUUGAAAAUUACAUUAAUAUUCUAUUUCUAAGGAAUGUUAUGUAACUUAAUAUUAUAUCGAUUGAUAUUUUUACUGUUUUCCAGUUCACUGCAAUAUAAAUGUGUGGGGAGAAAGAUUAGUCCUGAUGUUCUUAUAGCAACCUUGUUUUAAAAAAUUCAUCUUAGGACAUUUAUAUAUUUAGGUUAAUUGAAACUUAACUUUUUUAAAAAAGCAAAUAAACUCUUUCACUUAAUCACUUAACACCAAAGGUGCCUUUCAAGACAGUAAAUGCUGAAGUUGAAAUUGAGUACAAAGAAGUUGUUAUUAAACUACUUUGGUGCAUAUUUUAUAAAGCUAUAUACUGUUUUUUUCUGUACCACUUAGUGGUACAAACAAAAGGGAUUAUGUUUCCUAUUGAUAGAAAGCACAUUGAUGUCCUUUCUGGAAAUGAGCUGUACUCCAGUAAGGAUGAAACAAUAUGAAUUAUCAAUUUUACUGUUGGAAACCUUUCUGCUACUGCAAUCAAUUUCUCCUAGAUUCCAAGGCUUUGUGAAUUGUUUAUUGCAUCAUAUCAAAUUUCUCAGAAGGGUGCUUUGUUUAUUUUGUAUAGAUCUGACUAUAAAGGAAAGCUUGUUAAUGCAUUUCUCAAAAUAAAGUUUAUAAAUUAUUUAUA